GGCACAAUCACAAGUUGUCAUCGAUACUUUUUUGUAUAAAUAUCCUAAGGCGCAUUUCAGUUUAGUAGAAUCAGAAACGAGACAUCAUUGAGUUAAGUUCAUCAUGUUGAUUGUUUUCACCUUGGUAUUGGCUGCGAUGCCACUGGGAGAGACGCGAUCAUCUCCACACAUCGAAUUAAUUGACUUUGCAAUUGGGGAAAAUAACCUUAUAGUCGAAGAGUUUUUCAUACCGAAACCGAAACCUGCUGACACCAAAGGAAAAGGGAAAACCGCAGCAGGAUUGGAUUGUUUCUGUCUUAAAGACAGUGGAAGCUUAUACCUACCACCCAUUGUUAACGAGGAAUGUAUUUGUAAAAAAAAUUGUUGCAAAAAUCGACCGCCAAAUCAUUAUCUACCACCAGAGGAUUGUGAAAUUUGCCCAAAUUGUAUUUGUGACACCGAAACAUACACUCUGAUUAAUAAAGAGUCUGGAAAUUGUCCAAUAUGCAGACCACCGCCAACAAAGAAAUGUGAAUGUCGAAGCGGCAAAUACGUUAACGCAGAACUGGGAAAUUGCCCUAAACCUUGUAAUCCUCCCCCAUGUCGCUGCGUAAAUGGUCGUUAUGUCAACGAACCAUCAGGCAAUUGUCCCGCCAUAUGUGUUCCGCCAUCACCACCACCGCCACCACCUUGCCAAUGUCGCAAUGGACGAUUAUACAACGAAAAGUCCGGCAACUGUCCACCAGUAUGCGAACCACCACCAUGCUUAUGCGUUGGUGGUCGAUACAUUAACAAAGGAUCGGGAUAUUGUCCUGCUAAAUGCGAUCCGUUACCUUGUGCAUGUCGGAACGGACGUUUGAUAAAUACCGACUCCGGAAAUUGUCCAGUCUGCUUGCCGAACUGUUCGUGUUACAAAGGAAAACUUAUCAACAAAGAGCGGGGCAUUUGUCCAACGUUUUGUCCAUACUAUGAUGAGAAGCCAGAAGGUUAUGAUAGUUUGCCAAAAGAGUUUCAUUAAAUUGGAAGGGUUUAAAUUGGAAUGUAAAUAAAGAUUAAGUCGAAAUGAU